CUCUCUCUCUCUCUCUCUCUCUCUCUCUGAAAAUGGGUUCCCCAAGCUCUUCUGGCUACAUGAUCUUUCACCCUGAGAAAGCAGGAAUUCUUGAAAUACUUAGCCUCUUUCUCUUCAAGAGAAGGCUAUCAGAUUGCAGCUUCAUAGAAACCUCUGCUGAAACUAAGCUCGAGCUUGAUCAGAAUGUUAAAAGUACUAAUUGGUUUCUCGUUGUACUCUCCUUACUCCUCGGAAGGAUCUUGUGGCUGAUUCAAUUACCCUUAGGUUGGUUCGGUGCAGCUUUAGAGUUCACGUUGAACUUGUUCUCGAUUAAUGGCGGCUUCUUUGGCCUCAUUUUUCAUCUUAUUACAGUGUCCCUCAAGAUUCCCAAAAAGGACUCAGCAGAUUACAGAUCAGCUCUUGGCUACGUUGAUGGACGGUUGGAUCUAUACAAAACCUCCUCCUUACUCAGUUAUCUGCCUCAGAUGGGUCCCAUGUACACUACCGACGAUAUCAAGCUCUUGGAUCUUUGCAUGAUGGCUUCUAAGGUAGCCUACGAGAAUGAGGCCUACAUCAAGAAUGCAAUCACCAACCACUGGAAGAUGAAUUUCGUGGGAUUCUACAAUUGUUGGAAUGUGUUCGAGAAGGUAAAAGGCACCCAAGCCUUCAUCUUCAGCGACAAGCCGGAGGAUGCCAGCAUGAUCGUCGUGGUCUUCCGCGGCACUGAGCCGUUCAAUGCCAAGGACUGGAUGACCGAUGUCGACCUUUCUUAUAUCAAGAUGGGCAAAAUGGGAAAAGCCCAUCUGGGCUUCAUGAAAGCUCUGGGCCUCCAAGAUAAGGACUACCAAAAGGGAUGGCCCAAGGACUACCAAGGGGAGAAAGACAAGCCCUUAGCCUACUACAUCAUAAGGGACACGCUCAAGUCAUUACUCGAAAAGAACAAGAAUGCUAAGAUAGUAGUCACAGGGCAUAGCUUAGGUGGUGCACUCGCGGCUAUCUUUCCUUCUAUACUCAUUUUACAUGAAGAGACUACCAUUUUGAAUAGCAUGUGGGGCAUCAUGACCUAUGGGCAGCCUAGGGUUGGAGAUGAGACCUUUGCUUCCUAUGUGGAAACAAACAUGCCUGUAAAGACGUGUUAUAGGGUGGUGUACAGGUAUGACGUGGUCCCUCGAGUGCCCUUUGAUAAUCCGGCCUUUAAAUACAAGCACUUUGGAUGGUGCAUCUACUUCAACGGCUGGUAUGCUGGAAAGGUGGUGAGGGAGGAGCCCAACAAGAACUACUUCAAUCCGAUAUACAUUGUAUCAAAGUACUAUAAUGCAUGGUCAGAUCUGUUCAAGUCACUCUUCUUGGGCAGAACACAGGGUCCAGAUUUCAAGGAAAGUGGAAUGUCAUUUGGUUUCAGGUUGUUGGGGCUGAUAAUUCCAGGGCUUGCCUCUCACGGCCCAAGGGACUAUGUGAAUAGUACAAGGCUUGCGAAAAUAACCGUGUCUGAGAAGGAAAUGGUUUGAGGUGGAAGGGGCAUUACUGUCUUUUUAGUAGAAAGCCUCAUGGCUCUUGCAUGUUUUCCUUUCACUGCAGAAUAAAAUAUGCCAUUGUGCAUCUUGACUAUUAUAUAAUAUAAUACCAAAGUUACCCUUCUUUA